CUCUCUGAUAAAGUGAGGAAAAAGGUUCAAGCUGCCUUCCCAGUUUUUGAGGUUGAGGGCGGAGGGAGAGUUCAUGCCCACGUCGAGUACACCCAAAUUAAGGAUCUAGCAGAGGCGGUUAGAAAAUAUGGUGUAAAUGCCAAUUUUACUCUAGUAAUGCUAGAAAGGUUUGCUGGUGUGGCUAUGACACCCGCUGACUGGCAAAUGUUGGCUAAGGCAGCGCUCCCUACCAUGGGUCAAUAUAUGGAAUGGAAGGCGCUAUGGCAUGAGGCUGCACAGGCUCAGGCUAGGGCAAACGCUGCUGCACUAACUCCUGAGCAGCGAGAUUGGACCUUUGAUAUGUUAACAGGCCAGGGCCCUUUUGCCGCUGAUCAGACGGCUUACCCAUGGGGUGCUUAUGUUCAAGUUUCUAACACUGCCAUUAAGGCUUGGAAGACACUCCCUAGGAAAGGGGAAACUUCUGGACUUACUAAGAUCAUCCAGGGGCCACAGGAACCAUUCUCAGAUUUUGUAGCUCAAAUGACAGAAGCAGCAGGGCGUAUCUUUGGGGACCCUGAUCAGGCUGCGCCUCUUGUUGAGCAACUGAUUUUUGAACAGGCUACCCAGGAAUGCUGGACGGCUAUAGCGCCCAGAAAGGAUAUCAAGGGGCGGCUCCUUCCGCCGCUGACAGAACAGCGUCAAGAGAGUCCAAAAAACGGGGGAAAGGGCCCUCGUUCCCAGGGCCCCCAAAAGUAUGGGAACAAAACAAACCGGGGUCAGGGGGAGAGAGAGGAGAGCCUGUCGGAAGACACACAAGAUUGGACUUGCACGCCUCCUCCGACUUCAUAUUGA